GGAUCGUAAUUGUUUCUUCCUCUUCAAUUUGCUACUCUGUUGGUGAAAGAAAUAUUAAAAUGAGGUUUUUGGAAGUGAUUUUCUGCACAAUCUGAAUGUAAAUCUUAAUCCAAUCUUCUGGAGGAUAUGACGAGACGACCGAAUGAGACAAUUAAACAGGAAAUAGAUGAACAGUCAUAGUUGGAGCAAAGACCAAAGUUGUGACGCCGCAACAAAUAAAAACAAAGUCAACUAUUAGCAUGGAUGUAGAGAAGGUGUUUUCCGAUUUGGAGUCAAAUCAAACUCAUGAGUGUGAGGAGUCAAAGCGAAAAUUAGUGGAAUUGUUUACACAAAACAAAGAGACAUGGCCAGUGCACUACAUGAUGGAUUACUACUAUAAAACUGGUUCCCAAAGAAUUAUGGAAGUAUUGGUCAAAGUUCAGCCGCCUCAUGAUACAUUCAUUUUUGAUCGGGUGUCCGAAUGGCUUAAAAUGCAAACACAUCGUAUACAGGCGCUAAACUUGUUAUUUUUUGUGGUACGCAACAAUCCGACUUGGUUAUUUAAAGUUGAAAAACACCGCCUUAUAAAGGAUAUUUUUAAGCUUUUGAUGACGGAGAAAGAUAUCGUGCCUCUAAUGAGCGCGCUGCUUUGUAUCAUAACAUUGCUACCCAUAAUACCUAAUUUGGUUCCAAAUCUAUUAGGCGAUUUGUUUGAAGUGUUUGGGCAUUUAGCUACAUGGAAUUGUCAAAACCCAAAAGGGCUACCAGAUGAUAAACUUGUGCACUUGCAACUGGGGCUACAAAUGUUGUUCCACCGACUGUACGGAAUGUAUCCUUGUAACUUUAUGGCUUUCUUAAGUGAUUUUGUUAAGAAAGAAAAGGGUGCAAUUUUCCAUCACACAAUCAAACCACUAUUGGAGACAGUCCGAAUGCAUCCAAUGCUGGUGACAGCGACUAUGGAAAGUGAAGUUAACCAUGGACGUUGGAAAGAAAAGGAGCCUCACGACGUUGUAGAGGAGUGCGCAAGAUUAUCCCUUCCCAUGUUAAAUCAGGACUUUAAUUCGGAACAACUGCUUUCAAUAUCAAGAGGAUUUCUCGAUGCACCUUGUGAGGCUCGAUUUAUGUUGGAAUUAAAAAGAAGCAACGACACUAAACCUGCAUACAGUUCAGAUAAGAUUUACUAUUCUUCCGAGCAAAUAAGAAACCAACAACAAAAAUAUCACAUACGAAGCAGUAAUGGUCCAAUGUGGCAAAAUGACUGUGAUGCAAACAAAAAUAUGAGUGGUACAAUUUGGAGCCCUUACAAUGAAAUAACAGCGUCUGGACCGAUGCCAUUAACUCCUACGCCUUCUUAUAUGCUACCGCUUCCUGCGAAUGCUGUUGUUUCAAAUAUGGCCAACCAAGUUACGGGCCUUACUGGCUCAUCGCCACCUGAAGCCGCUGUGGAAGCAACACCAGAGACCACACCUAUGAAAGACUUAAAAGAACUUAAACAGCAUCUGGCAAAUCCUCAUGCAGUGCGUGCCAUUUUCGCUAGUCAACCUUCUUCACCAUUGCGCAAAGAGAAUCAAAACCAUUUCAAUUUCACCGAUGCGGCGGCAGGUGGCGGCUCUAUAACCGGAACGACGACGCUGAUUGAACAGGAAGUAAAUACUCGUGUAGUGACACGUGUAUCCACAACGUAUGAUCGUAGGUUACAACAGAUUGUGCAUGAUCGGAGUCGAUCUCAUAGCCCAUUUCAAACUAUUGAAACAAUGAUGGCCAAACAGCAAAGUGCUUUCCGGUCGCCCAAUGAAACAAAUUCUAAAUCUGGAACGCCUGACCCUGAUGUAAAUGAAAUGACAAGCAGCAACCAGUUACUAACAUCAGCUGUUCCGACACCCACCCCCACACCGACGCAAACGCCGACUCCUUCUGUCACACCCCUACCAAAUAUUUCCGCGCAGUCUUCAUCUUUAGUUCCAAUUCCCACAUCAACAUCUUCGACAUUGGAAAAUAUAACGAAGAUUUGUAAUGAUUGCAACGAAACAGAUCGAUCAAUGUGUACCGAGGGGGGACUGCAAAUCCCGACUAGCCGGUCUAUGCAACUUUUAAUUGUGAAAGGCCUUAAACGUCGCAGCCGCAUGGUAAGCGAUUGUUACAAUGAUUCAAGUUGCAUGAGAGUAAGGCUGAACAAGAGGUACACUGGUGAAUCGGAGGCUAUCGAACCUGAAAUGGGAAAUGUUCGGCGCACAAAAUCUUGCUCAGCAAUCAAUUUGAUGUCGGCGAAAACUGCUUCACAGCAAAAGUUAGAUGACAGCGAUGAAGGAAUGUCCAAUAACGUAUUAAAGACGACCGCGAAGAAUUUAACCAUAUCCCAGCAUCGUUUGCAAAAAAGUGGUAAAAUGUUAGCUAUUGCCACCGCUAAGAAGCAGAUACUUGACAGCGAUCUUAUGGCCAAUUCUCGGAAUCAUGUUUCGACACAGACUGUCGAGUUUGUGCCGCAAAAUUACGAAAACUCUUUGUUUCAAAUGUUGCUUGAAAGCGUAAAUUUACGUAAUGUGCACGAAAGAAAUCAAUUAUAUCCACAGGAGAUACUCGAGCUAUACGUUUCACGCACAUCUCGAUCAAAAGAUGGAUCUGAUAUUGGUGGCCGUUUGGAUCAGGAACAAUUACAACUGCUGUACCUACAGUUGCAAUAUGAACGUCAUCGACGGGAAAUGCACGCGGAAAGAAAUCGACGUCUAAUGGGACGAAGUCGUGAUAAGCGCAGUGUCGAAAUGGAAAGGGAUCGCUUGCGUGAACAAGUUAAAAGUAUCACUGUUAAAAACAAGGAGCUAGUGCAACAAAUCGAAAAGCACACAAAACUACAUAAUGAGCGCGAACAGCUAUGCAUAGAUGAAUUGACCCAGAUCAAAUUGAAAUACCAAAGUGAAAUAGAGCAAAACAAGUGCCUUCGGCAGGCCAACGAGAACUUGCAGACACGCCUAAAUGAAGAGUUAGCUAAUCGAAAAGGCGACACGUACGAGUUAGAGGCUUUGCGGGGUCAUGUCUUUAAUUUAACUUCAGAGCUGCAACUUGCACAACAGCAGGCGGACAUGGGUCUACUAUGUAAGCAAGAGUUAGCGCGCCAUGAAGCAGAAUUCAUUAUUAUGGGUGAGGUGCAAAUCAAGUGCCGCGACCGACUAUCGGAAAUAGAUAAUUUCAAAGCCCGCGAUGAGGAAUUCCAUAUGUUCCAAAGUAAUUACAACAAAGAAUUGAAAGAUUUGCGUCACGUUUUAGAAGAAAAAACUUCGCAAUUGGAUAGUGCAAAGCAUAAAAUUAAUGAACUACAAUCACAGCUCCAAAGUAGCGAUAAAGUUAUCACGGAUCAAAAACGCCUGCUAAAAACAGUGAAGGAUGAAUAUGAGGAAAUGUUUAAGUCACUCAAUAAGAAAUACGACGUACAGAAAACGAUUGUAAUGCAAAUGGAAGAAAAGAUAAUGAUGUCGGUAUUCAAGCCACAAGGUGGUGUAUUUUUAACAGCCUGUUCUCCAGAUACCGAUAAAACCGAUGUUGCUUCAUCCAUGGACCGAAAUUCACCGCUAUCGACUUCUCUGGCCUCGAGUGAAAGUCUAUCGGCAAGCCUGCGUUCAACGGAACUUCGAAACUUACAGCAAUUGGUUGAAACGCCUACAGUUGAAGUAAGUGGUGGGGGAAAUGGAAUGGUCACUGUAGCGGUUAAAGGUGGUGCAGACAUUAUUGAAGGAAAACGUUUACCAGCACCAGAUUUGGCCAGCUCUGCAAUGGCAGCUUCUGCGACUGUUGCUGCUAGUGCCAUCAAUAUUAUACCGAGUACAAGUACUGCAGCUGGAGUAGUGUCGGCAUCACAAGCUUUGCCUAAGGCACAAAACUAUGAUUUAUUGAGUGGAAAAGGCAGUCAUAUUCAUCCGCAUGUACAUUUGCAACAAUAGCAAAGUUGAAGUGGAUAGAAAUACUAAUGAAAAUAUUAAAUAUGAUCGCAAUAUGAAAGCGGUUCAAAUUGAA